UGUCACUCGCAAUGAAGCCUGUUCGCUAAAGAUCACACACUGACUCGAUAUUUAGCGUGAUAUGCGUUUACCAAAAAUCGUUUUUUGACACUUGGAUAUGGCUGUGAUCAUUCAUAACGAUCUCAUACGGGUAUGUUGGUAAUUUCUCUGGCAUUUUCUCUAUGGCUUAUCGUACACAGUUUAGACGAUUAUUAGCAUACAGUAGCAUAUUGUAGUAACCCAAUGCUCGCGAAAUAUUGUAUAUAACCCGUAUUCUUUUAUGUUCGUCUGUUCACACGGCUAGUGAAAUGAAGUUGAGUUGUGAGACGCGAGACAAGCGCGUGUCACUGUCGUAUCGCUCCAUCAAUGACAUUGUAUAUGCGAUCUGUACUGAGUAAUCAAAAUUAUGUCUUUAUUUAUAUCGCAAAUAUUCCUUUCAAUAUCGCGAUUCUGAAAAGGCAGUUGUUUAGCGACAAGAUCUGCAAUGUGCAGUCCUGCAUGGGAUAUUUUAUUAUCGAGAACGAUCUCCGUCCAGCGUUUUCGAUCAUUUUGAGGAACUGGAGAAAACUCGCGAGUUAAUCAUGUUGGACUCGACAUAACGCUCGAGCCCUGUUCACCAAUAACGUGUGCGCGGCGAGACCAGAGCCGAAGAAUUCUGGUGGCGCCUCAGAUAUGAAUGAUGAUGGAGGCGGAUAACGCGGAGAGCUGGUUUCCUCUGUCAGGAAACGGAACCGCACGUUUAAACGCAUCUAACCUGGGUUUCCUGAACGCGUCGUCUCCGGUGGGUCUGUGGGGUGAUGCUCAGGAUAACGAGGUGACACGACUGGAGGAGAUCCUGCACGCGCAGGAAAGAGCCUACAAAGAUUUCUCUACCACCAUUCAAGUUUUCAUCCUCAUCGGCUCUCUUUUGAGCAAUACUGCAGUGCUGUGGUGCACUUGUUACACCAAUGUCUUCAAAUCAGUCACGAAUCUCUUCAUCAAGAACCUGGCAUGUUCUGGUAUUUGUGCUGGGUUGGUGUGUGUGCCCUUUGACAUAGCCUUGAGUGCCAGUCCCCUAUGCUGCCUAUGGGUCCAUACGCUCCUGCUGUGCAAAGCCAUCAAGUUCCUACACAGGCUUUUCUGCUCUGCCACUGUGCUCAGCUUUGCUGUCAUCGCCCUGGAUAGGUACUACUCAGCGUUGUAUCCUCUGGAGAGAAAGAUAUCAGAUGCCAAAUCCAGAGACCUGGUCAUCUAUAUCUGGGUGCAUGCGGUGGUGGCCAGCGCCCCUGUUUUUGCCGUAAGCAAUGUGACGGAUGUCUACGCCACCUCUUCCUGUUCUGACGGCCAAUCACUUGGACAUCUGGUUUACAUGAUCACAUACAGUAUCACCACACUCAUUUUACCACUAGCAGUGGUGUUUCUAGCCAUGGCACUAAUCCGCCGCGCACUAAGCACCAGCCAGAAGAAGAAAGUGAUCAUCGCGGCACUGCGCACACCACAGAACAGCAUUUCCAUCCCGUAUGUGUCUCAGCGCGAGGCUGAACUUCAUGCCACUCUGUUGUCCAUCGUUCUAGUCUUCGCGCUGUGCAGCACUCCCUACGCCGCUCUGGUCAUAUACCGUUCAGUGCUGGGUGCUGCAAAAGCCUCGUCUUGGUUACAGCUGACUGCUGUGUGGCUGCCGAAGGUCUCUCUUCUCACCAACCCCCUAUUUCUCCUCACAGUAAACCGCUCUGUGCGGCGUUGUCUGCUUGAUAUGCUAGCACGCCUGCAUCGACGCUAUAGCCGAAGGAACAUGGUCAGCAUUGGGGGUCUGGCUGAAGUAGGGCCACUAGGUGGAGAGACUGUGGUUCGCUCUGGUAGUCAACUCCUGGAGAUGUUCAAUAUCGGCCAACAACAGAUCUUCAGACCAAACGAGGACGAAGAAGUUGAGAAUGAAAUUUUCUCUGUGGCCUCCACCAACUUUCAACCCAAAGAUGAAGGACAGAGUGGAAAUGGAGGGGUGGCAAGAGAGCUGCAUCAGCCGCAGUCAGGGGAUGCGGUAAAAGAAGAGGGCUUAGUGUUACCAAGACAUUCUCCUAUUCAGUCAUGUGCCUACUCCUCUUCACAGGUCGCCCCUGCGACUCCCACAGACCCUGAGGAUGCAACACAGUUUGGUUUUGGGCCUUUUGAGUUGCCGCCACAAUGGCUGCCUGAAACCAGGAACAGUAAGAAAAGACUCCUUCCUCCCUUGGGUAACACACCAGAGGAGCUGAUCCAGACCAAGCAGCCCAGAGUUCGGCCCGAGAGACGCAUUAGUCGAAACAAUAAAGUUAGUACCUUCCCCAAUGUGGAUCCAUGAAACAGAGUGCAGUGGACCAAAUCAUAAAAAGCCAAGAAGAAAGAUUGUUUGUGCUUUAUAUCUAAAGUUAUUUUGAGAUGAUUUUCUAUGUGAGUGCAGAACAAUGAAGGACAUGGAGAGUAUACGUUUACAGUAGAAAGUGGGAGGAGUUUACAUGCUCGCUUGCUGUCUAUUUGGACGAUUUAAUAGACAUCCCUUCAUCUCCAUGUACUGACAGAACAGGAAAUUGAUCUUUCACAGGAAAUGCAAGAAAAAAAUAAGGUAGGCAUGGAUUGUAUGACAUUUGUUUUGGUGGAAUGGUCAAUAAAAUG